CCGUAAUAAAAUUCAAGUCCCCGCGCCAUCUGUUAGUCAUUACGCAUUUCCGUGUGUAAUAACCCCCAUUUCCUGAUGUCAAUAUGCGGUGGUGGUAUCGUAGCCACCGGAAAGAUGUAAACGGAGAACGAGAUUAGAAUCAUUCACAACAAGGAGAUAGAAAUCAUUCUAUCAACAACAGUGUCCCUCUCGAAUUACCACAGAGCUUGAAAACCAAGCCGGUCGCAUCCAGAUACGACCAGGAGUGGACUGGUGGCGCGGACUUGUUUCAGGCAGUAAGACGUUUAGGAGAAUGGACGGGGCGAUAUGGCGGAGGGCCUGCUGUGAUGCUGUCCGCAGCCGGAGCCUGACCAGCGGACUGGUGGAGGUUGGUGGCCGGGGAUCGAUGCUCCAAACACUGCUCCUUUUCUCCGUGUUCGGGCUGCUCUUUGGACUGCCCGCUGUCACCGAGGCGAAAGAAUGCGACAAAACGUGCGUGAAUGGUCAAUGCAACACGGUAACGGGCAACUGUGUGUGCAGCCCCGGCUGGAUCGGGGACCAAUGCCAACACUGCGGAGGAAGGUUCAGAUGAGACGUCCCCAUCUCUCUCUUUCUGUCUCUCUCUCACAGCGAGCCCUUGAUCAUGACUCCCAGUUCCAUGACGUUACACCACAAAUGUACGAAGGCGUCUACUGUAGGAGUUUUGUUUACAUGGACACUGUCUCAAAUGCAAACUUUUUAGCAUUUGUGUCACAAAUCCAAUGCAAGUCAAUGGUACCUAUAUAAACCCAUCUUUCUGACGGUAUCGUAGCCACCAGAAAGAUGUAAACGGAGAACGAGAUUAAAAUCAUUCACAACCUAAUCCAAAUCAUCUAUAAGUAACAUUAUUGAAUCCAUGUUUUCAUACUUUAGAAUGAGUUAGACUUGAAGCGUGGGAAUGCUAAUAUAGGUACCAUUGACUUGCAUUGGAUUGGUGACACAAAAUAUAAAAAGUUAACAUUUGAAACAUUGGCCAAUUAAACCCAUAGUGUCAAAUACAAUCACCUAAUAGCACGAACAGCACCAUCUAGUGGUCCUAGUAAUGUAAUGAAACAGGCAGGGAGCAGGUCUGGAACCCUCGACCUUCUAGCCCGAAGUCCGGCUUGCUAUCGAGUCAAUUUCCGCGCUGAUAAACCCAGGGGCGUUACGGUAAUAUCAGGAUGUAGAAUGGGACAUGAUUUUAUUUAACUAGGCAGUCAAGAACAAAUUCUUAUCUUCAAUGACGGCCUAGGAACAGUGGGUUAACUGCCUUGUUCAGGGGCAGAAGGACAGAUUUUUUACCUUGUCAGCUCAGGGAUUCAAUCUAGCAACCUUUUGGUUACUAGUCCAACGCUCUAACCACUCGGCUACCUGCUGGUUACCUGCCCAACACUCUAACCACCAGGCUACCUGCUGGUUACUAGUCCAACGCUCUAACCACUAGACUACCUGCUGGUUACUAGUUCAACGCUCUAACCACUAGACUACCUGCUGGUUACUAGUCCAACGCUCUAACCACUAGACUACCUGCUGGUUACUGGUCCAACACUCUAACCACUAGACUACCUGCUGGUUACUAGUCCAACGCUCUAACCACUAGGCUACCUGCUGGUUACUGGCCCAACGCUCUAACCACUAGGCUACCUGCUGGUUACUAGUCCAACGCUCUAACCACUAGGCUACCUGCUGGUUACU